AUGGAAUUGGACAAGAGAACUCAAAAGCGGAGCGUCUCCGUCCAAAUGGCCCCUUCGCGCGAAAGAGGCCCGGUAUAUCAUACUGAGACGCUUCCCGCUGUGCGCUCUGCAUCCUCUAAAUCUCGCUCAAACAGUACUCAGUCCGAUCGACCUCAGCACCCGUCACUUUCGCGUGUCAAAGGCCGCAACAAUAUGUAUACACCGCCCCGAAAUGGCCCUGAGCGAUCUUGGCUCAAUGAUCAAUCACCUGUACGAGGUGUCAGGACACCACCACAGCACUUUAGAACACCAGAAAGUGGUACUCCGACAUUAAUCAAUCCGACUUCAAGUUUACUACAGGGCCUGCUCAAGGAAGAACGUGCGCAUCGUGGUUCUCGAGGAAGCGCUUCUGAACACGGAGCGGAAAGCCCAAGAACACCAGACAGGCCGCGGGUACAAGAAGAUACUGCGUCAGAGAAAGCACGAAAGAUCAGUCAGUUCCCAGCUGGGAAUGCACCCCAUCUGAAGGACAUGGGUGUACGAGAGAUGGACCAGUACGUUUCAAAAAUGACCAAACUCAACUUCGACUUGAAACUGGAGAUCUUUCACCGCACGCAGCAAAUGGGCGUCAUGGAAAAGAAGCUGGAGAGGAUGUACGCGAUGGAGGAGGAGCUUACUAGACUUCAGGGCUUAGAAAAGGAAGUGAUGGAGCUGCGUGCAGUCAACAAACGAAAUCAAGGGUUGCGGGAGGCCAAUGGCCAGCUCCGUACAGAACUUGAUACAAAAGACAAAGCUGUGGAAGAGGCCGUUCAGUGGAUUUGCAAGUUGGAAGCUGAAAACGAACAACUGAAGACCAACGGACGAAUAUCUCAACUAUCAAUGAACAGACUGGUACUCGACGGACCGAAUGCCUCAUCGCCAAAGCAUCAAAUUGUGAUUGAUAUCCCGGAACGAACUUCAUCCAAAAGAGCACGGGCUGUUAUUAUGUCCCCCGAAUUACGACAGCUCAGCAAAGCGCCCUCCUUUUUGCGAGAUGACAAUCAAAGUACCGCCACCCUGCGCAGCCUUUAUGUGCCUGACAACAACAUUUCACGCUCGGCAAUGAGCCAACUCACCAAGUCCGAAAGCGUGCACACAAUGACUGACACCUUGGAGCCUGGAUCACCACGACUCAGUGUCCUGAGCGAGUGUAGCGAGCUGCAUCCGUUUGAUACACCAACCAAAUGGAAUGACUUUGAUAACCUCGAUAUCCCAGUUCGGAAGGCAUCGAGUGAAAGCGUGGAUAGCUAUGCGACUGCAGCAGACCAGGAGGAGAGCAAAGAGGAUCAGAUUGACCGAUGGAUACAAUCAAGGGCCGACUCUCAGACUAUCAUCAGGAGACGGCAAACACGGGCGGCUUCCGAUGCUUCCAAGAAUAGCGCCCACAUAUUCACAGCGGAUUUGUACUCCAACAAGCCCCGUGGAAGGGGUCGGCUUGAUGCAUCGCUGUUUGGAGGUGCCCACCUUCCUCCCACUCCCGAUACAAUGAGUACAGCUUAUGUCACAGCCAACAAUGGCUCAAAUGGAAGUAUUGCAGGCCGAAAGAGUCCCAAGCCAGAGGGAGAGGCAUGGUUUGCUGGUCGGCCACUUGCCCGCCGUCGCUCUGCUGAUGAACUCACCGCUCGACGAAGCUUCAACGGCAGUGAUAUCACAGACAGCAUGCAGACCAAUUGCAGUGAUACCCCUCGCAUCUCAACUGUGAAUGUCGAAUCGCCUACUUUCCUGCCUUUCAACCCUGUCGCUUCCAAGGCCAGCGAGCUUCUUGGGCCUGGUAGCCCCGCAAACCCUGUCAUAGACCCUUUCCACGAUUCUUUCUACUCCAAAAGCAAGCCACAAAGAGCCUCAACAGUCACACCAGGUCAAAGUCCCUCAAAGACCAUCAUGUCAGAUACCGAGGCAAGCGACUCAUUCCGUGGCUCGCCGCCUCUUACCCCCCAGGACUGGAUCGCGGCCGCAAAACAUGCCCCUCGGUCCCGUAAAGAGAGAGAUCGUGGCCUGCGCAUUGAACCCCGACCAACGGAGCCUCAUAACCUUGUGAUCAGCCAAGCCGCUUUCCACGACGACGCCAGCGUCGACUCCUAUGUAGUGGAGCCCGAAGUCGCUGACGUGCCAACCCUUGACCUCGAUACCCUGGAUGCACUAGAGCAACCGCCUAUCGCCGAGAACCCUGCCUCAAGAGUUGGUUCGCCCGAACCCAAGCAAAGUCGUCGCCUCAGCUUCCGACCCCCCUUCUUCAAUCGUUCCACCAAUGCCGGCCGUCGCCUUGAAUCCUCCCCCACCGCCCCAGACCUCAUGGACGAAGACGACGACGGUGCGCCAUCCCCGAUCAUCCCAAAGACAAGGAACGCAGCCGGUGCAAACCGUCGCCCCAUGUCCCAAAUAAUCACAAACUCCAACGACAUCUACUACUCAUCCAGCGUCCCCGUGAACGGCGAAGCCUUCGGCGCAAGCUUCGGCCGCUCCAGAGCCCUCCAUCAACCUUCCAUCGAGGCAAGAGAAUCCUCCACCCAAGCACAGACACAACCACAAGCACAAGCACCCUCCGGUCCUGCUCCUGCCGCCACCACCGCACGCCCAACAACAUCCCACAGCGUCGAGCACAAGCGCCGCAGCUCUCUCGGCAUCUUCGGCUGGAUGAAAGGCGUCAGCGGCAAAAAGUCCGAGCCCUCCACCCCCGUUGUCGCUAAGUUCUCCGAAUCCGAACCCGAGCCCAGAGAACAGCCUACCCGUGCCUCUUCACGACUAGCCCAUGAUGACGGCUUUGUCUCUUCUGAAGACCGGCCUGAUACUGCGGAGUCGAAUGAUGCGCCUGUUGUUCGUCCGCGCUCGGAGAUGACGAUGCGCUCUGAUGAGACGUCGCGACGCCCGAGAUAUAUGGGCCGUCGUGCUCGGAGAGUGAAUUAG